AUGGCUAGCGCACCACAGCAAGCUACGCAGAAUCUGCUGGCUCGAGCGCAUUCUCCCGACAGCGUCAACCGCAUCUAUUCUGAAAAGAUACAACACCGCUCCCUCAUUCUUCGACCGACCUCGCCUCCACCAGCUACCAUUAAUGCCCGCGCUGCACGCCGAAAAGCUCGCCAGGACAAGAAAGAGAAACAGAAACAGAAACCUAAGCCACUCUCAUCAAGGGAGAGACGAAAUCUUGGUCUUCACGAUAUACCAAGGGAUGGCCAAAAAUACCACAUUUAUGAACCUUUGAGUCAGCUAUGGCUAGGUUACGCUCGGGAGUUGCUUGGAAACGAUAUCUUUACUGGUGGACCUAGCGCAGCAGUGAAACUGGCGAGCGCCGAGUUUCAUGGUGCUCCUAUUGAAAUUGUGCGAAGCCAUUGCCCGAGUCGAGUUGGUAUCCAAGGAAUUAUUGUCCGUGAUCGCAAGUUCGUCUUUGAGAUUAUAACCAAAAAAAGGGGAGUCAAGGUCGUUCCCAAGGAAGGCACCAUCUUCCGAGUUGAAGUUCCACUCGAUGGAGAAAUUGAAGAUGCUGAGAAGGCUUCUCACAAAACAUUUGCUUGCGAGGUAUUUGGUGAUCAAAUAAUGCUGAGGGCACCCGAUCGUGCGAACAAGAAAUUCAAGGCUCAUUUUCUUCUGAAUGUUUGA